GUGUUUUGCAAUGUUCAGCUUGGGACACGUGGAACGAAUGAGAGAAUAGCGGAAUUGGACACAUGGAACAAAUGACAAAGAAGCAGAAUGGGACACGGAAACCGUGUGCCCCGAUGUCUUCGUCAUCCGUUUCCGCCGUCCCGGCCACUUGCGACACGGACACGACAUGAUGAUAAUGAUGAUGAUGGUGAUGACGACGAUGAUGUUGUUGUUGAUGCUGUUGAUGAUGUUCAUCAUGAUGAUGAUGUUGGUGAUGAUUACGGUGGUGAUGUUGAUCUGGACAACGAUGUUGCUGAUGAUGAUGACGAUAUUGAUGACGACGAUGACGACGAUGAUGAUGAUGAUGAUGAUGAUGAUGAUGAUGAUGAUGACGAAGAUGAUGACGACGAUGAUGAUGAUGAUGAUGAUGAUGAUGAUAAUGAUGAUGAUGAUGAUGAUGAUGACGAAGAUGAUGACGAUGAUGAUGAUGAUGUUGAUGAUGAUGUUGAUGAUGAUGAUGAUGACGAAGGCGACGAUGGUGGUGAUUUUGAUGACGGUGACGAUGCCGCUGAUGAUGAUGAUGAUGUUGAUGACGUUGACGAUGUUGAUGAUGGUGUUGUUGACGAUGAUGAUGAUGAUGAUGAUGAUGAUGAUGACGAUGAUGAUGGUGGUGAUGAUGAUGGUGAUGAUGAUGGCGAUGAUGAUGAUGAUAUGGCAAGCAAGAAUCAUGGGGCCGCUCGCGAGGAAAGAACGAGCGGGAAUCAAAGGGGCAUACAGAAACCAUGUGGCCCAAUGUCAGCGACAUCCGUUCCCGCUGUGCCCGCAACUACAAACAGGUGGCGCGACGCGGCAGCUCCCAUGCGCCUGCAAACGUGCCCGACGGCCGACACGUGGGCAGGCAGAACAACACUUUACCUUGACGAGGACACAGCGCACACGACGGCGCAGCUCUUUGAAAGGUCACAGUUCUUUGAUGAGGCACAGUUCUUCGACGACGGCGAAGCGCACACGAUGGCCCAACCGUGCGUAAUGGAGGCGACCUUCUCGACACCACGAAUCGUGGAGCCGAUCUUCUCAACACCACAGACCAUGAGUCCCGAGACGCACAUUCGCUUGGCAGAACCGUUUCCUCCUUGCGCGAGAUUCGUGCGGUAUUUCAACGGUGUAACUACGAUCCACGGAGCGACCACAGAGGACUUCACCGAGGACCCCUGGAUGACCGUCGUCCCGUGCCUGGAGGGGCAUAUUUAUGGCUGGUGCGAUCGGAAUUGGGCCACGAUGGAGAGUCGUUAUCCUUGGGCAAGCCAGUACAAGUUCGCCAACAUGUUGGAGUUCAGGAACCUCAUCCCGGUGUCUGACGCUGUCCUCGGACACAAGUUCCUGAACCACAUGCGCAGAGCACUGGGCUGCAUUAGCCGCCAUUUCAGCCGCCUCGAGUGCCACUACAUCAGGUCGUCGCCACGAACUUGGGGAGGCCCGCGGAAACAAGAGUUGGUGGACUGCGCUCGCCACUGCUCAUUCCUAGAGCAGUACCCGCUCCGGUGCCCCGGGAAUUCUCCACAAGUUGUGUCAUACUACAGGCUGUCUUCUUCAAAGGGCAAGGUGGAGCCAACGGGGACCUCCAGGAAGGCAUCCGGAAAAGAUUCCACGAGGAGGUCGUCUACUGCCACGAAAGGGUGGUCGAACCAUGCGAAGUCGAAAUGGUUCAUCGACUGGUGCUGUGGAGACGCUUCCAACCCCACUACGCAGCCAUGUGGUCCUGCCAUCUUCGUCGAUGACGGCAGAAGGCGUCGAGUGCUUGGGGCCGUCUUGGGGUGGGAGGACGCGAAGGGGGGCCGACGACAUUUCCGUAUGGAAAACGUUUAUGGCUCCAAGGGCAACGUCAUUGCCAAUUCGAAAGGGGUGUUGUUGGACCUCGAAUUGUGUGAGGGGUUCGGAGCGGGUGCUGUGGACACCCCGUUCUACAGAGAACUCGUUCUCGGGGGUGGUUUUGUUUUGGCGCAUGCGUUUUUCGACAUGCUGGAGGACAAGAACAUCGUUCUCGACGUCCCCUGCGACGUCGGCCCCUCCCUGGAGCUCUCGUUGCCGUUCAGGCUGUGCGGCGGUUGCGAGUCAAGCGGGGCGGGGGCGGAAGGCGGUGAUCUGGGUUCUGGUCCAGCUACUCAGCUGCACCGUGGCGAGAGUCGGGGACAGUUCGACAACAGCGAGGACGAGGGGCCUGCAGCGCCGUUGAGGGACACGCGGCGGUCUGUGUUGUCUAUUUCAGGGGUCGACAUUGGCGAUCCGGUUCAACGAGAGAGUGCGGAACCUAUAGGAAAGGUGGCAGCCUCUUCGGAGGCCGACUUGGAGGCGAGCGAGGGCCAGAGUGUGAAUGAGGUAACCGCGGGCGGCCAGGGCACGCAAGGCACUCCGCAAAAGAGGAAGGGGGAUCGCACAGACGAGUUCGUCGGUUCUACGAAGAAGCUGAAGAGCAAGGCCCCCAAGACUGCGGGAGAGAAACACAAGGGGACCGAGGGGGAGCAGGGCCGGCAGGUUGCCAAACGGCCGGCUUCGAGACAGAAGCAGCCUGCGUCUGGAACGUCUUCUCCACCGACGAAAAGGCCUCCAAUCGACGUCGACGCCGGGAACUUCCUCGAGUACAAAGACAGCGUUCGAACAAAGAGGGAGUUCGAGGUUAGCCCUGCUCAGGUCGUCGACCUCGGAGAGUGGGAGGACCUGUACAACCAGCGGUCCCUGGAUCCCGUGCUCGUGGAAGGGAUCAAAGAAGCGAUGCGGUUGGCGUUCGAAAACAAAGCGCAGUCUUACGAUUUGCCUACCUUGAAGCUGGCACCACUGGGGCUUGAUAAACCGACUCCGGGGAGCAAGGCAGAACGUCUGAGGCCGGAGGAUUGGAGGGAUGAGCUGGCGGGGCAAUACUACUACUAUGAGUGUGUGGGCAGCACAACGCGGCUGCAGCGAGAUCAGAAGGGCCACGACCCCAUCAGGAAGCAAGGCGCUGCCCUGCGUUCCUAUUUCCCGCUGGCGAUGGCAGGGGAGAACGUAUGGAAACUGGCCGUCGAGUUUUUCGAUAAAUGGGAGACUGGUAGAUUGCUCGGCCACGACGGCGCAAAGUGGAUCAUGCGGAAGAAGAAGUUCAAAAAUGUGAAGCCCGGGGUUGCCUACGUCGAGAACGACAAGACGGGCAGGAAAGAGGUCGUGUACAACGUCCCUGUGGACCCACCGACAAAGAAAGGCAAAAAGGAGAAAGAGGAGGGCGACUGGUUCGUGGCACUUCGUGCAAGCGACGAUUUGCGCGCUAACACGUCCGUCGUCUACGAGGGAAAACUGCCGCCUGCCGCCGCUGCUGCAGUGCGGCUGCCGCAGAAGGUUACGCAAACGGAUGUGUCCGACAUCCCGUUCAACCCUUGCGAUUGGUCGCAUGUCUCGCCUACGCGUCGGGGCAGUGUGUACGGGGACAUGGAACGCAACCCCAUGCAAUUCGUUAAUCUUCUCGAGUCCGUCACCAAAAAGGGGGAGGGUGUAGUCUUCCUCGGGAAGCCACACGCACGAUCCGUGUGGGAAGUGCUGAAGGCAGGACGACACGUCAUCGCAGUGGAAGGGAACUCCGAGCUCUUGCAAUUUACAAUUGAUCUCGUCAGAAGCGAGGUCAAUUCGGGUGCCCACAUUUGCGAGUUCAUGGUCAUCAACGAGUCUCGCCCUCGCGCGUGGAACAACAAGACGGACAUGUGGUUCAAGUUGAGUGCGAGAAAGCGAAACAAGAUAUACGACUUCUUGUUCCUGCAAACGCGGCCCAAGAGAGACACUAACGCCGAGUACGUGCGCCGCAAGGACCACAUGUUCACGCUGCUCGACAACUACCACGACGCCUCCCGCAUGAACACAAAGACCUUCCUCGAGAGGUUGCAGUCCCUGUACUUCGUGGAGUCAGAGGAGGAGUUGACGUUCGGCAGUUACUCGUCCUUGAUCUCCACGGAAGGCGAGGAGACCACCGGCAUCGAGUUCGACGCGACCGCGAACGAGGAGGGCAGCGACACCGAAAGCCUCGACCUGCAGUACGACCCGCAUCCCGGGCAGCACACAACAGGGUCGUCCUUCGCAGGUCCGUCAACAAGCCCGACAUCCCUCGUGUCACCGAUGGCGAAAGCGGCGCCUGACACUACCUCGAUGAAGUUGCUGCAGAGAAUGCAAGCUCUGACCUCCGGCCAUCUCUCACUGCGUCCCGGGUCUGACAUCCCGGCCGAUCAUCUGUCUUGGAAGGAUGCCAACAUUAACUUCCGGCCUGAGCCUCAAAGUCGUUCCACGGAGGCGGACUGGGGCCAUGACAUGAUUUGGCAUCCAGGAGUCAUCCAGCCGGCGAUCCAAAAGGGUGAGUGGAUCGUGGCCGUCGCUGUCCCGGACGGAGGAUGGAUGCCCCUCCCUCGCGGGUCGAAGUCUGACUUUCUCGACGUCGUUAGAAUUGUGGUCCUCGAGAAAGUGAGGGCCGAGAACGACUCUUUCGCACCCGAAGACGUGUCCGUCAUUUCCACAGCCGGGCGAUUGUUCGCCGAACUUCAGGACAAGUGCUGGUUGGAGCUGGCGGAGGACUACUACGACCUCAUUACGAGCCCCUUGAAGGGAAGGGUGGACUGGAAAAUCCCCCCUCCCAGUGGGACGCAUAGCCUGUCAGGAGUGGGGGUGGCGAGUCGUGAUCCCAAAAUAGACAGCGGUGCGGUGAGGGACGGGACUGCGCCGCCUGCGGGGGAUCGCCAACCGCUUCGGUCGGAGCGAGAGGGUACGUGGGGAGGGCCCGGCGACAGGGAGACGGCGAAGUUCGCCGGGAUCCGAACUUCUUCAGGCAAGGACGGGCAACCAGGGAUUGUCGUGCCGGCGGGAGGGGCUGCGUGCGGUGGGUGGGAAGGGCAUUCGUCGAAAUUCGACACGGGUUUGGGCGAAGUGGCUGGAUUGCAUGCACGGGAAGAGGGCAGGGUGAUGGACAAAGAGAAGGAAGGGGAGGAAGGAGAUACAGGGGAGGAAUUGGAGGAAGGAGGGGAUGAAGGGGAGGAAGAAGAGGGUGAAGGGGAGGGAGGAGAGGAAGGGGAAGAAACGGAGUUGGCUGGGUUGCUAGGAGGGAAGGACGGGGAAAAAGGUGAACUCGAUACUGGAGACGACGAACGGACGUUCGGCGAUGACGAUGACAGAUCUGGGGAGUCGUCUGACGGAUUCGGGCAGCUAUACGGAGAACAUCGCGGGGAAGACGACGACGGCGAUGACACGGCAUUGGGUAUGGAGACACAGGUGGUCACAAGCCUUUCGGCAGAACGUGAUGACUAUGAGGUUGAAGCCAUGACGUCUGCGGUUGAUUUCCAACACCGGUUCAAUGAAGCUAGUGUUGCAGUCAUCCUGAAUAAACCGAGUGUGCCAUCGAAGAAGUUAUCGACGGCAUCCUGGGCGACCACCACAUUGCGGGCCACGGCACCUGGAACAACAGUGACUGCGAUUGGAAGCUUGCGGGUUUCGGACGACAUUGAACGAGGCUUGGUGUCACCUGACACUUUACUCUCGACCCUCGACGAUGGUCAGGUGCGAAUUGCAGCGAAGGAUAUUCUCACCCUUUCACUUACCGACGGCAGGGUGAAUGAUGAGGUCGUCAACUUUUACAUGGCGCUAUUGCGAACGACCGCAUAUGGGAUACGUGACAUCCCGUCAGGUCUUGGAAGGAGUCAGAGGCAGAGGGACCCUGAGCCUAGGGAGGCGGGACCAUCUCGAGGAGGACGGAAGGCCCUAGCCAGGAAAGAGGAGGAACCAGAGCCGGAACCAGAGGCUGAGGAGCGAGGGGCGUAUCUUGAGUGUGGGUUGGGACCAGUGGAGUUCCAUCGGUUUACCGAGGGUGGAUUGAGGAGGUCGCCAGCACGCACACAGGAGGAGCCGCCAGCAUCUGAGGGGCACUUGAGGGAGUUGGAGGUGCAUUUGGAUAUCUCUCGGUGGGGAGCGUCGCCUUGGGGUGAGGACCAUGGAGAGCAGAUAGAGGAGGUGCCACGAGAGGAGGUGCCACAGGCGGAGGUACCACGAGAGGAGGUGCCUCGAGAGGAGGUGCCACGAGAGGAGGUGCCACAGGAGGAGGUCCAGGAUACUCAGCGAGAUAGAGAGCUAGGCGAUGAGGGUAGAUGUGCAGGGAAGGAAGUGAUAGAGGUUGGAGAGGACACGCCCCUCAGACGCCAGCGGCACCUAGCAGCUCAUGCCCUGGAGCACCUAGACCUGGAAGAGCCAGCACCUACAGAGCCGCGCCAGGAGCCGUGCCAGCCCGAGAAGGAGAUGGAGGCAGAGAUCCCAAAGAGGGUCGACCUUCGCACGAGGGAAAGGGCGCCAACUGGAGAGACAGCAGAGGAAAAGAGGGCGAGAAGAACCAGGAGGAUAGAAGAGGUAUGGCAAGAGAGGCAGAGAUUGGAGGCAGCGGGGGUACUUCUGGAGCAGCAGCAGGAGAGGCAGAGAUCGGAGGCAGCAGGAGCGCUCCCAGGUCAGCCACCCAGUGCGCCACCUAGGGCCCCGGAGAUCCCAGAGAUGUGGAGGGACUUCUGGGAGCAGAAAGGAGAGGAGCUUCAGUCGCCAGUCAAAGUCAGGUUUGGGGUGGCCAGGAAGGCGGAAGAGAGGUUAAAUCGCAAAAUCAAGUUCCUGGCCAAGACAACUUUUGACCGGCACUUGUUAUUGGAUGGCGAUCUGGAAGGGAAGAAGAUAAAGGAAGCAAGCCAUGGAGUACGCCUGAAGGCUAUGGAGGUAGAUAUCCAGGAAGUCAUGGCAUUGGUGGCCAGCCAGGCAGCUAUCAUUGAGAGUCUGAGGCAGCAAACCCAGGGAAAGGUGGACAAGCCAGAGAGCAGCAGGCAGGGAGAGCAGAGGCAGUCAGGACAUGGGUUACGAGGACAGCCAUCUGCAGCAGAGCCUCGCCAGGAGCCACCUAUGGGGAGAGUUAUCUUGGAGCCAGAGGAGCCGAGAGGCCAGAGACAGGCGGAGAGAGAGACCUUUGAGUUCAGAGCCCCUACCGAGCUCGCGACGCUGCCUGUAGCAGUGGCGGGCCCAGUCGUACCUUUGGCAGUUGAGGAGGGGCUACCACCAUCUAGCAGUGAGCCGGCUCAGGGCUCAGCAGAGGGUUCCAUGGGCGUGCUCCUUGAGGCAGUGCAUACCAUGCAGGAGGAGGCGAGUUUGUUUUCACCCGAGCAAAGGAAAGAGGAGCCUCUUGAGAGAGAGAUGGGGAUUGAGGCGGAGGGUGCCAUCGAGGGCGGGCUCCAGAGGUUGGGCACACCUGAAUAUGGGCCAGAGGAGAUUGAGGAGCAGCCCAUGGUAGUACCAGGACAGAUACUCGAGAGGAGUCCUCAGAGGUAGGACACGCCUGAAUACGUCCCGGCGACAGGGGAUUUGAGGAGCAGA